CAAUAAUUUAGAGUUACCAUCUAAAAUUUCUUUAAAAAAUAAGAAAAAAAAAUUAAAUCAAAUUAAAAGGUAACGUAAUAUAAAACCAGAAUGGGGCGAAUUCUCAUAAGCGAGGGAAGUGUUGCCAACAACGAUGGUGCUUAAUGGGUUAAAGUUCCAUUAAUGAAUGCGUUGUACUUCUUCCGUUGACUGCAUAAUCUGCACAUCUGACACAUAUAUAAGAGUACCACCCAAUAAGAAGAAGCGACGAAAAUGGAGAAGAAAACCGUUUUAGUGACUGGAGCAUCUGGAUACUUAGGUGGUAGGCUUUGUCAUUCCUUACUCAACCAUGGCUACUCUGUUCGUGCUCUCGUCCGCCAUUCCAGUGACCUCUCUUCUUUACCUACUUCUCAAAACUCGAACCUCCAACUCUCUUUUGGCGAUAUUACUGACUUUUCUUCUCUUCUCUCUGCACUUUCUGGUUGUCAUUUCAUCUUCCACUCUGCUGCUCUUGUUGAGCCUUGGCUUCCCGAUCCUUCUCGUUUCUUCACUGUUAAUGUUGAAGGAUUGAAAAAGGUAAUUCAAGCUUAUAGAGAAACCGAUUCCAUUCAAAAGAUCAUCUAUACUUCCUCCUUUUUCGCUCUUGGUCCUACUGAUGGUGGAAUCGUUGCCGAUGAAAAUCAGGUACAUCAUGAGAGAUUCUUUUGUACUGAAUAUGAGAGGUCAAAGGUUGCGGCUGAUAAGAUAGCUUUACAAGCGGCAUCAGAAGGAGUUCCUAUUGUGCCGGUUUAUCCUGGAGUUAUUUAUGGUCCUGGCAAACUCACUGCUGGAAAUGUUUUUGCUAAAUUGCUAAUUGAGCGCUUUAAUUGGCGGCUACCUGGUUAUAUUGGACCUGGGAAUGACAAAUUUUCUUUUAGCUAUGUUGAUGAUGUGGUGGAUGGACACAUAGCGGCUUUAGAAAAAGGUUAUCCAGGUGAACGAUAUUUACUUACUGGAGAGAAUGCAUCAUUCAAGCAUGUAUUUGAUGCUGCAGCUAUCCUUACGAACACAAGUAAGCCCCAUUUUACUCUUCCCAUGUGGGUGAUAGCAGCUUAUGGAUGGAUUUCAGUUCUUUUCUCGAGGGUUACAGGAAAGUUGCCAUUGCUCAGUCCUCCGAUGAAGAAAGUAGGUAAGCCUCGAGUAGUGGAGAAGCAAAUGGUAGCAGUGAGACGAUCACCUCGAGUUUCCAACAAUCCUGCCCCUGUUUAUGCUGAGGUUACAUUGCCUCGAUUCUCCUCACCCAGGAAAAGCUAUGGAGUAUCAAAGGCGAGGGAUUUUGCGAACAGAGUGAUAGCAACAGAUGAAGUGAGAGAAUACGCAAUUGAGAAAGCAGAGAAAUUGUGUGCUAAGCUCGAUGAAGAAGGGUUUCCUACUCUAAUUAGACCGAUGCUUCCUUCUCAUGUUACUGGUGGAUUUUGGCUGGGUCUUCCGAGUGAUUUCUGCAGGAGAAGUCUACCAAAAGAAGAUGGAAUGGUAACAAUGGUGGAUGAACAAGGAGAGGAAUUUCCGGUUGUAUAUUUGGCUCGUAAGCGUGGAAUGAGUGGAGGCUGGAAAGGCUUUGCCGAGUUUCAUGAGCUUGUUGAUGGCGAUUGUGUUAUCUUCCAACUCCUGAGUCGUUCUGUUUUAAAGGUUUAUAUUAUAAGGGGAAGCGAUAAAGAAGCUGAAUUAGAUUAGCCAGCUCACUGGGAAGUGGAAAUUGCCUUCUAAUCCAAACUACUAAAUACUUAUAGGCUGCUGGCAGACAAUUUUAAUCACCACCAGGUUUGUUUUGUUGAAAUGAAAGGGAAAAAGCUGGUCAAUGAAAAUGUUGCAAGUUUGGAGAUUGAUCCUGGCAAUGUUGUUAGAGUAGUAGUAUAUGUAUGGAUAGUCUUCUUGUAUAUGGUCUAGCUAAAAUUUGCAUUAGAUCCUAAUUCUUGGCUAAUUUCUGUCUUUUGUUCCAGUCGAGCAAUAUGCUGAUAUAUCAAGUAUCUACAUUCAGUGUGGCU